CAGAGGAGGAGGCGGCUCCUCUCUCAUCCUCUCUCAUCCUCGCGCAGCAGCAGCAUCACGGCGGAUCCACACGUUGUUCGUGACUCGGAGCGCGCGUCUCGUCCUCCGCUGCUCCAGGUGUUGCGUCUCGUGUGGAUGGAGAGGAGGAGCAGGAGGAGCAGCAGGAGGAGCAGGAGGAGCAGCAGGAGGAGCAGGAGCCUCGCGAGCGACAACAAGUUGAUGAUUCUUCUUGAUUUUCUUCGUCUUGGUUUUUUUUUUUUCAGGAACAGAUUCUGAAAAGGGAUUUUAUUUUUAAUUCGGAGCUCUUUGGAUUCGCCCCCUCUCCCUGGCUUCUCUGCGGCGCGUCACGGGAGACACUGGGAUUACCGUGAACAUCUGUUGGAUUUUACAUCGUGCUGAACGGAUCCAGGUGUUUUGCCCAAAGACGCACGGGCCAUUUCUGGGGGUUAAAUAAAGAGGACCAACAUAAAUCCGCUCCCUGACACCGAUUGCGCCCCAAAACUUCCGCCCGGUUCUUCCCACGGAUCUCGGUUCCUGCGUGACGCCGCCGCGGCGCCCUGAUGCUGCGGACGGUCGGCGCCCGGUGGUUCGAGCCGCUGCUCGGACGCGCCGCCCGGUGAUUCUCCAGAGCGGACACGCAGUGCGCGGCGGUGGAGGUGAUGAUGAUGAUGAUGAUGGUGGUGGUGGUGGUGGUGAUGAUGGUGAUGGUGGUGCGCGGCUAAUCCGGUGAGAUGAUUUCCCACUCGAGACGGAUUCAUGCUCCUUCAGCGUGACGACGAUGACCUCCAGCCGCGCGUCGCGCCGCGCUGCGCCCGCCGCCACCCGAGAGAGAAGCACGCGCCCCCGGUUCGAUGCGCAAGAGCGGACGACGUUCCCCCAGAACCGCUGAGCUAACCUCACCAGCGGAGGACGGCAGCACACGAACCGACACGACCGAUAGUGGACGGAGGCACGAAACCGGCGGCGGCGGCAACGAGCGGCGGCAAGUGAUGGAGCUGUCCGAGGUCCGCUGCUCCAGCGCCAGCGAGGAGCUGUACACCAUCAACAAGACGCCGAGCGGCGGCAGCAACAACAGCAGCAGCAGCAGCGGCGGCAGCGCGCGACCCAAGCGGCUGCUGUGGCAGAACGCGGUGCGGCACAUCACCGAGCAGCGGUUCAUCCACGAGCAGGGCGGAGGGGGAGGGGGAGGGGAGGGGGGGGCGAAGGGCAUCGGGCCGGACGAGCCCUACGACCCGAGCCAGGGCGCGCGCAAGCAGUCGGCGGGGCGGACGUCGGUGGGCGACCGGCACAACAACGGCGGCACCAAGGUGUUCCCGGAGCGCGCCAGCAGCGACCUGGGCUUCCUGCAGAUCGACUGCGCGCCGAGCAACUCCGACUUCUUCCUGAACUGGGGCUACACGUACCGCGGCGUCAUCUUCCCGACGCUGCGCAACGCCUUCAAGUCGCGCGACCUGGAGCGGCUGUACCAGCGCUACUUCCUGGGGCAGCGGCGCAAGUCGGUGGUGGUGAUGAACAUCCUGGACGUGGUGACCAAGCUCACGCUGCUCGUGCUGCACCUCACGCUCGCCUCGUCGCCCAUGGACCCGAUCAAGGGCACGCUGCUGGGCUUCUUCACGGGCAUCGAGGUGGUCAUCUGUGCCUUGGUGGUGGUGCGCAAGGACACCACGUCGCACGGCUACCUGCAGUACAGCGGCGUGGUCACCUGGGUGGCCAUGGCCACGCAGAUCCUGGCGGCCGGGCUGGGCUACGGGCUGCUGGGCGACGGGGUGGGCUACGUGCUGUUCACGCUGUUCGCCACCUACAGCAUGCUGCCGCUGCCGCUCACCUGGGCCAUCAUGGCCGGCCUGUUCACCUCGGGGCUCCACGUGCUGGUCCAGAUGCUCAUCUCCCAGAAUGCACAGCAGCUGUCCACCAACCAGGUCGCGGCUCAGGCUGUGUUGUUCAUGUGCAUGAACACUGCGGGGAUCUUCAUCAGCUACCUGUCGGACCGCGCUCAGCGCCAGGCCUUCCUGGAGACGCGGCGCUGCAUCGAGGCCCGACUGCGACUCGAGACGGAAAAUCAGCGGCAGGAGCGACUGGUGUUGUCGGUCCUGCCGCGUUUUGUAGUUUUGGAAAUGAUCAACGACAUGACAAAUGUAGAGGACGAACACCUCCAGCACCAGUUCCACAGAAUCUACAUCCACCGCUACGAGAAUGUCAGCAUUCUUUUCGCAGAUGUCAAAGGCUUCACUAACCUCUCCACGACGCUGUCGGCGCAGGAGCUGGUGCGAAUGUUGAAUGAACUCUUUGCGCGUUUCGACCGCCUUGCACAUGAGAACCACUGUCUGCGGAUCAAGAUCCUGGGGGACUGUUACUACUGCGUGUCCGGGCUGCCCGAGCCCCGACAGGACCACGCCCACUGCUGUGUGGAGAUGGGCCUCAGCAUGAUCAAGACCAUCAGAUACGUGAGAUCGCGAACGAAACACGACAUCGACAUGCGCAUCGGGAUCCACUCGGGCUCGGUGCUGUGCGGCGUGUUGGGACUCAGGAAGUGGCAGUUCGACGUGUGGUCCUGGGACGUUGACAUCGCCAACAAGCUGGAGUCCGGAGGGAUCCCGGGGCGGAUCCACAUCUCCAAAGCUGCAUUGGACUGUUUAAACGGCGACUACGAGGUGGAGGAGGGCCACGGGAAGGACCGCAACGACUUCCUGCGCCGACACAACAUCGAGACGUAUCUCAUCAAGCAGCCGGAGGAGAGCAUGCUCACCCUGCCGGAGGACAUCAUGAAGGAGGCGGCCAGCUCAGCCGACCGCCGGGCCAGCAGCACCACCUUCAACGAGGCAUCCUGGAGCCCCGAGCUUCCCUUCGACAACAUCGUGGGGAAACAGAACACUCUGGCUGCCCUAACGAGAAAUUCGAUUAAUCUGCUUCCAAACCAUCUCGCACAAGCUUUGCAUGUCCACUCUGGUCCUGAGGAAAUUAACAAGCGAAUAGAGAGCGCCAUCGACUUACGGAGUGGCGAUAAGUUGAGACGAGAGCAUAUGAAGCCUUUCUCACUGAUGUUUAAAGACUCCAGCCUGGAAGAGAAGUACUCCCAGAUGAGGGACGAGGUCUUCAAGUCCAACCUGGUGUGCGCCUUCAUCGUGCUCAUCUUCAUCACAACCAUCCAAAGCCUUCUUCCCUCUGCCAGGAUGGUAACCAUGGUGAUCCAGUUCUCCAUCCUCAUCGUCCUGCACUCCGGCCUGGUCCUGGUCACGACGGCGGAGGACUACAAAUGUCUGCCUCUGGUCCUGAGGAAAUCCUGCUGCUGGAUCAACGAGACGUACGCCGCGCGGAACGUCAUCGUCUUCGUCUCCAUCCUCAUCAACUUCCUGGCAGCGAUGAUCAACAUACUGUGGUGUGACUUAGACAAGUCCGACACCUUCGGGAACCAGACGUACAACGAGUCCGCCGCCGUCCCAGACAUCUGCUUCUACCCAGAGUACUUCGUGUUCACCGGCGUCCUGGCGAUGGUGACGUGCGCCGUGUUCCUGCGGCUGAACUCGGUGCUGAAGUUGGCGGUGCUGCUGGUGAUGAUCGCCGUGUACUCGCUGCUGACCGAGGCCUUCUACGCCGCGCUGUUCGUCCGCUACGACACCGUCCACCACAACACGCAAAACUUCCUGGGAACUAAAGAGACGUCGCUGCUCCUGAUGGCCAUGUUCCUCCUCGCGGUGUUCUACCACGGCCAGCAGUUGGAGUACACGGCCCGGCUCGACUUCCUGUGGCGCGUCCAGGCCAAGGAGGAGAUCAACGAGAUGAAGGAGCUGCGAGAGCACAACGAGAACAUGCUGAGGAACAUCCUGCCCAGCCACGUGGCCCGCCACUUCCUGGAGAAGGACCGGGACAACGAGGAGCUGUACUCGCAGUCCUACGACUCGGUGGGCGUGAUGUUCGCCUCCAUCCCCGGCUUCGCCGACUUCUACUCCCAGACCGAGAUGAACAACCAGGGGGUCGAGUGCCUGAGGCUCCUCAACGAGAUCAUCGCCGACUUCGAUGAGUUGCUCGGCGAGGAGCGUUUCCAAGACAUCGAGAAGAUCAAGACGAUCGGCAGCACCUACAUGGCCGUCUCCGGCCUGUCGCCUGAGAAACAGCAGUGUGAGGAUAAGUGGGGUCACUUGUGUGCGCUGGCAGACUUCGCCAUCGCCCUCAACGAGAGCAUCCAGGAGAUCAACAAGCACUCGUUCAACAACUUCGAGCUGAGGAUCGGUAUGGCUCACGGCUCGGUGGUGGCGGGCGUGAUCGGGGCCAAGAAGCCGCAGUACGACAUCUGGGGGAAGACGGUGAACCUGGCCAGCCGGAUGGACAGCACGGGAGUGAGCGGCAGGAUCCAGGUGCCCGAGGACACCUACCUGAUCCUCAAGGAGCGCGGCUUCGCCUUUGAGUACCGCGGCGAGAUCUACGUGAAGGGCAUCAGCGAGCAGGAGGGCAAGAUCCGGACGCACUUCUCGCUGGGCCGGGUGCAGCCCAACCCGCUCAUCCUGCAACCGCGCAAGAUCACGGGCCAGUACUCGCUGGCGGCCGUGGUGCUCGGCCUGGUGCAGUCGCUCAACCGGCAGAAGCAGAAGCAGAUCCUCAACGAGAACAACAACUCGGGCAUCAUGAAAGGCCACCACCACUACAACCGGAGGACGUUGUUGGCGCCCGGUGGCUCCGAGGUGGUGGGGGGGCAUCACGCCGAAGUGGCGGACAAGACUGAGCUGUCCUGAGGAGCCGACCGGAGCUCGAGUUCCACGCAGAUUAACUCAGAGGCCGAGAUGCUCUUCAGGCAGAGAUGAUCCCAGUGGUUGAGUUAAACCUCGGUGGUUCUCUGACCGCGUCACGUCUGGAUACGGUCACAGUAAAAAAAGCUGGAGUCAUAACUGAGCACGUCACCUGGUUCCAGACCUGCUGAGUCUGUCGAGCGGGUCUGACCUCGUUUUCACAACUGAACAAUCGGAGCUUUGUAGACAAGAUUAGUAACUGGGACAACUUCCUGUACAAGGAACCUGAAUCCAAACAAAAACGCCACCAAGUGUGACAGUGACGUCACGACGACCAUUGCUAGGUUUGAGUAAACCCUUUCCAUCCAUGACUAUGGUUUCCCCAGAGAAACACAAACACAACUCUGCAGUGCACGUCCGAGUCGUCCGGGUCUCGUUCACACACGCGGGUUGUGAGCCUCAGCUCGGUUCGAUUCGUGAAAUCUUGAAAGAAGCACAAGAGCAAAAUUUCCUCACGUUGCAAAACGCUGCUUGGAAAUCUGGUGAACGGGGUCCGAUUGUGUUCCUCUAGCGACGAGGAUUGAGAAUCCCAAACUUAACAAUCUUAAGAAACGAUUGCAUCACAAAUCAGACAAAGUAUAAACCAGGUGUGAAGAGGAACAGUAUCCAGUAUCAGCACAACAGACCAACGUUUUUACACGCCGGGUUCCUCGUUUCUUUCUUGUUCCCGUCGUUCGCAUUUCUUCCUUCAGUUUCGCACCGUUCCGCUGAUCCACAAGGGGGCGGCAACACAAAAGAAGACGCAGCCCGCCGGCUGAUACACCUGGGUGAAGACGAUGACGGGUUCGACCAAUGUCCUGCGAGGAGGGAAGUGAUCAGCGCAGGUGGGUUAGACGUCGAGGAGACGCGCGACGCAUGUGAACAGAAACUGUGUUUACAAGAGAACUCCCUUUGUGACGUUCGUUAGCAUGUUAGCCAGUAAGCUAGCCUUACAACGUCAUGAUUUCCAGGUGAGAAAGAAUGACUCGCAUAUUUUCAGCAGAUCUUUCAGACUUCCAGGUUUAUUCCGGCGUCUCUGGCUCCUCCCGCUGAGGUUUAACUCAACCAACCAGAUUAUCCCCGUCUCCUGAAUCAGCUCCACUUUUGACGAAUGUUUGUAGAACGGAAACUCCACUUUGUCCCUGACGGAGGAGGUGGAGUUGAUGGUGGUGGGGCGAGACCGGACGGGACGCGACGCGACCGCCGCGUUCCGUGUCCAUCCGCCCUCCCCUGUUGGACUGAUUCCCUCCGACUGUCUGACGUUCCUCCUGUCGUUUCCUCUUUCUACGUCGCCCGGCCACGGGCCCCUCCCCGCCCCAGAACCCGGAGCCCCCGUCCCGCUCAGACGCUCGCCCGGUGUUGAUGUUUCUUUUUUGUAUUUCUUUUAUAUAUGACAACACAAUAAAAACAGGGGUCUAACUUUUCUAA